AUGACUUCCAACCUAGUCUACGGCCGGCAGCUUACAGAAGCCCAUUUUGAGACCUAUCAGCGCAGGCAAAGCUUCCGGCUUCUUAGUGAAGAGUGGCACUUCUUGCUUGGUUUCCCCUCUGCCCCUGGCUUCUCAAGGGCAACUAUCCCCUCGGGCUCAAGAGAGAGCCUAGCUGCCGUUGACCUUGAGCAUUUCCAGGAGCUUCAAGUAGCCCGCUGGAAGCAGCUACGCAAGGUUAACCUUGACCUUGAGCUGCAGAGGCUGCUCGGCUCUAACGCCACCUUCCGGCAAGGCCAGAAGCCGAUUCUAGAGGCCAUCAUGAGUAAUAGGAAUCAAUCCUAG